UUUUUAAAAAGAAAAACAAUUCCUUAGACUAUAAAAAAAAAAUCCCCUGGUAUAAUAUUUCCUUUCUUGAUCGUUCCAUCUCACCCUCCGACUAGGGUUUGUACAACCCACACUUCACACUCUCUCCCGUUCUCGCACACGGAAAUGGCCGAAGAGGCACAGUACUCAUCGGAACCCGGCCCCAACAAGAGGAAGUAUGAGGAUUCAGCGUCCCCUUCACUGGUGUCUCGUAGGCGCACCGGAUUUUCUGCUCCGUUAUCAUCAACAUCUCCAGCCGACGUGUCCGCCUCCGUUGGGACUCCUACUUACAACAACGCGCCUCCCAUUGACGACUUCCAGCUGGCAAAACAGAGGGCGCAGGAGAUCGCUGCUCGCCUACUCAGCAACUCCGACCCUACAAAGGCAAGGGGGAACAAUAAUGGCGGUUCUGUUGCAUUCGAAGCUCGAGAAGCUCAGAAGCCAUUGGGGUCUGCAUUUCAUCCUUCAGGUACUGGCUCAUAUGGUUAUCCCGGUCCAACCAAGAAGAUCGAGAUUCCCAAUGCCAAGGUUGGUGUAAUCAUAGGAAGGUCUGGGGAAACGAUAAGGAAUCUUCAAGUCCAAUCUGGAGCAAAGAUACAAGUCACUAGAGAUAUGGAUGCUGACCCUACUUCUGAAACCAGAGAGGUUGAACUAAUGGGCACUCCAGAGCAGAUAGCCAUGGCUGACAAGCUUAUUCAAGAUGUUCUUUCUGAGGCUGAUUUAGGUGGUUCUAACGCGACUUCCAGAAGGUUAACAGGACAGCAAAUAGGAGGUGAACAAUUUGUAAUGAGAGUCCCUAACAACAAGGUUGGCCUUGUUAUUGGAAAAGGCGGAGAAACCAUAAAAAACAUGCAAGCAAGAUCAGGUGCACGUAUUCAGGUGAUACCUUUGCACUUGCCGCCCGGUGACACUUCAACUGAGAGGACUGUACAGAUUGAUGGAUCAAGCGAUCAGAUUGAAAUUGCAAAACAGCUUGUGAAUGAUGCUAUCAGUGAGAACCGUAUGAGAAACCCAUCAAUGAUGGGAGCAUAUCCUCAGCAAGGUUACCAAGCACGGCCACAAACCAGCUGGGCCCCUCAUGGUGAACAAAUACAGCAACAACCAAGUUAUGGAUACACACAGCAGCCUGGGACGUACCCUCCUACUGGUCAAUCACCUCAAUACAGCAUGCCUCAACCGCCAUCGUACCCCGGUUACCCACCCCAACCAACACCUGGUGGGUAUGGCCCUGGAUGGGACCCACAAUCAAACCAAAAUCAGCCAACAGCACCCGGCAGCGGCUAUGAUUAUUACAACCAGGUCCCGCAGCAGCAACAAACCCCUGGAGGCUCAGGUGGGGAUAGUAGUAGUGUCUAUGGCUACAAUAAUAAUCAAGGACAACCUUAUGCUCAAGGUGGGUACAGUGGCUAUUCUGCACCUGCGCCUCAAUCAGGUGGGGGUUAUGCUGGCCAGACAAACACCGUUCCUGGAUAUGAUCAACCACAAGGGUAUUAUGGUAAUUCCUCGGUUCCACCACCAGACAGCCAAACAACUUAUGGGACCCAGGGAGAUGGGAAUCAAGCACCUCCCCGUGCGAGCCAGGCAGUGGGCCCACACAUUGGUGGAUAUGAUGCAUCCCAGAAUCCUAGUCCUAAUGCCGCUUACCCCAUCGCCACACAUCAAGGAGUAAACCAGAUUCAAGGUAGUGGUGGUGGUGGGUAUGGGACCCAACCACCUGCGCCUGCUUACAGCGUCUCUGCUAAUCAUGGACAGCCCGCCACAAGUAUAAAGCAGCCUCCACCAACUACUCAACAGCCUGGGCAGCCGCCUCAGGUAUAUCCUACCUCUGCUGGAUAUGGUGCGCAAGGUUACAAUCAACCACCACCCCCCUAUGGCGCACCGCCGCCAAACAUGACUCAGCAUCCCCAAUACAACAGCGGUCAUGGUCUUGGUGCGGGUGGUUAUUCUCAUCCUUCAGCCUACCCUCCAAUAGAUGCCAGUGCUGUUGGAGGGACCUAUGAUACAGCGCCCGUGACUGGGUCAGUGAAAACCUCUCCACAGAAUUGAUUCAUAUGCAAUUAAGUAGAAGGUAUUUUCCAUUGAAAGUCAGAGGUUUUCAAAUGCUGAAUUUAGUUUCGCUGUGGUUUUGAGAUCUUUAUCUACCUGCGAGUAUAUGGACUUUAUACGAUAUGGUUGCAUUUCUUUCUUCGAUGUUCCAUUCUCAAUUAUUCCCCCCCGGAGAUGUUCUAAAUUACAUACAAACUACUACUACUAUAUUUGGAAACAUGUUUUUUUCAUGCAAAUUUCCUUUAAUGGCAAGGCAGCG